AUGGAGAUCCUCAUCAACGCUAUGGACCCUCGAGAAGUAGAGCCGUGGCAGCCUCCGGAGUCUACCUCUUCACCGUCGCAUUUACAAGGCAGAGGCCACUUCUCACUGCUAGGCUAUGUUCGCCGAAAGCCAUCUCGAGCCGAUGCCGAACCCACCCUGUCCAAGUCGUGUACCGACAAGUUGGCCGUCAAGCAGUUCACCAGCGUCGUAGCAUUUCCAGCUGAUUGCUUUGUGCAAAGGACAGAUAACGCAUAUCUCAAGAACCUCAUCACAUAUAGCGACCAGUAUGACCAGGUUGGCUUCGAACGAGCUCUGGGACCUCGUGGUAGAUUGGCCAAUAUAUCAGGCGAUGGUCAUUUCUUUGGAAUUGAGGAGCUCCCGCAAGGAAGUCCUCGAUUCUUAUUUGAAAAGCCUACCAACAUUGUCGGAACAGCAUCUCCACAAAAGUCCAAGGCAGCGAAUACAUCUACGAUGUGGGUGGCAAGCCCAAAUCCAUCAGGGAAUGCUGUUCACGAAGUUUUGGUCAAUGGCGUCAAGCAAGGGUACAAACAAUGGGAUCAUAGGCAGAGCAAAGCGAGUGUGGUUUCUCGAAGGCACCUCAUUCACCUUGCCAGGUCUAUUUGUACAGAUAUGUCUGGUGGUGACACCUCCGACCUCUCAUUGGGCUAUCGCCUCAAUGAAAUUGCUGCCACCAUAUCAGGCGUCUUCAAUCAGGAUCAGUACUCGAAGAUGAAAGCUAGUCAUCUCAGAUACGAAGCGAUUGAAUUGAAGGCCAGGGUCAAGAGGUCACUGGGAAGUUGGCAGCAGAACUCUGGUGACUCGGAAUGGCCAUGUGAUUAA